GAAAAUAAAGACCGGAAGUGAUAUUGUUAUUAUUCUGCUCACUUGGUCACAAAACCUUCUCCGCUGAGUUCCGCAGUAGAAGCCCGACGAGAGCAGCAGGGAGGCCGGUCUCUUUACUGAACAUCACGGCAGAGACUCACUGACGUGGAAACAUGCCUCUGCGGUUGGACAUCAAGCGGAGGCUGACGGCUCGGUCAGACCGGGUGAAGAGUGUGGAUCUGCACCCCACUGAGCCCUGGAUGCUGGUUAGCCUGUACAGCGGCACCGUGGUGGUCUGGAACCACGAGUCACAGAUGAUGGUGAAAACCUUUGAGCUGUGUGACCUGCCCGUCAGAGUGGCCAAGUUUGUAGCCAGGAAACACUGGAUCGUUGCUGGAGCAGAUGACAUGCUGAUCCGUGUGUUCAAUUACAACACUCUGGAGCGAGUUCACAUGUUUGAGGCUCACUCUGACUACAUCCGCUGUAUCGCUGUCCACCCUACACACCCCUACAUCCUCACCAGCAGUGAUGACAUGUUGAUCAAGCUGUGGGACUGGGACAGAAAGUGGUCGUGUAGUCAAGUGUUUGAGGGACACACUCACUACGUCAUGGAGAUUGUCAUCAACCCCAAAGACAACAACCAGUUUGCCAGUGCCUCUCUGGACAGAACUAUUAAGGUGUGGCAGCUGGGCUCCAAGACUCCCAACUUCACUCUGGAGGGCCAUGAGAAGGGGGUGAACUGUAUUGAUUACUACUGCGGAGGAGACAAGCCCUACCUCAUAUCAGGGGCUGAUGACCACCUGGUCAAGAUCUGGGAUUAUCAGAACAAAACCUGUGUUCAGACCCUGGAGGGUCACGCCCAGAAUGUGACCUGCGUCCGUUUCCAUCCUGAGCUGCCAAUCAUCCUCACUGGCUCUGAGGAUGGCACUGUUCGAGUGUGGCACUCCAACACCUACCGACUAGAAAGCACACUCAACUAUGGCAUGGAGAGGGUGUGGUGUAUAUGUGGCCAGCCCGGCUCUAACAGUGUGGCUUUUGGCUAUGAUGAAGGCAGCAUCAUCAUCAAGCUGGGUCGGGAGGAGCCGGCCAUGUCCAUGGACUCCAGCGGGAAGGUCAUGUGGGCUCGCCACUCCGAGGUGCAGCAGGCCAACCUGAAGGCCAUGGGAGAGGCUGAGAUCAGGGAUGGAGAGAGGCUGCCGCUGGGUGUCAAAGACAUAGGCAGCUGUGAGAUCUACCCCCAGACCAUCCAACACAGCCCCAACGGGAGAUUUGUAGUGGUGUGUGGAGAUGGAGAGUAUAUCAUCUACACCGCCAUGGCCCUGAGGAACAAGAGUUUUGGCUCAGCUCAAGAGUUUGUCUGGGCACAUGACUCCUCACAGUAUGCCAUAAGGGAAGGCAGCAGCAUGAUCAAAAUAUUUAAGAACUUUAAAGAGAAGAAGGCUUUUAAACCUGACUUUGGGGCUGAAGGUAUCUUUGGUGGCUUCUUACUGGGAGUGAGGUCAAACAGUGGCCUGGCCUUCUACGACUGGGAAAGUGCUGAACUGAUCCGCCGUAUCGAGAUCCAACCAAAACAUAUCUUCUGGUCUGAUUCUGGGGAGCUUGUGUGUAUCGCUACAGAUGAGUCUUUCUUUGUGCUGCGCUACCUACCAGAGAGAGUGGCAGCGGCCCAGGAGUCCAAGGAAGAGAUGACAGAAGAUGGGAUAGAGGACGCCUUCGAGGUGCUGGGUGAGGUCCCAGAGGUGGUGAAGACUGGGGUUUGGGUGGGAGACUGCUUCAUCUACACCAGCUCUCUUAACAGACUAAACUACUAUGUUGGAGGAGAGAUCAUCACCAUUGCUCACCUGGACAGGACCAUGUAUCUGCUGGGCUACAUCCCCAAGGACAAUCGUCUCUACCUUGGAGACAAGGAGCUGAACGUCAUCAGCUUUUCCCUGCUGCUUUCAGUGCUGGAAUACCAGACAGCUGUCAUGAGGAGGGACUUCAGCAGGGCCGACGAGGUUCUACCCACAAUCCCCAAGGAGCAGAGGAUAAGGGUAGCCCACUUUUUAGAGAAACAGGGCUUCAGACAGCAGGCCCUGGCUGUGUCCACUGACCCAGAACACAAGUUUGACCUGGCCCUGCAGCUGGGAGAGAUCAAGAUAGCCUACCAACUGGCCUCAGAGGCAGAGUCAGAGCAGAAAUGGAAGCAGCUGGCAGAGCUCGCUACUACAAAAUGCCAGUUUAGCCUGGCCCAGGAGUGUCUGCACCAAGCUCAGGAUUAUGGGGGAUUAUUGCUGUUGGCCACCGCCUCGGGCAACACAGACAUGGUGGGCAAAUUGGCAGAGGGGGCAGAGAGGGAUGGGAAGAUCAACGUGGCCUUUCUCACCUACUUCAUGCAGGGAAGACUGGACAGAUGUCUGGACCUUCUCAUCAAAACAGAUCGGUUGCCAGAGGCCGCAUUUCUGGCAAGAACAUAUCUGCCCAGUCAUGUGUCAAGGGUGGUGAAGCUUUGGAAGGAGAGUCUGUCCAAAGUCAACCAGAAGGCAGCAGAUGCUCUGGCUGACCCCAUCCAGUACAGCAACCUGUUCCCUGGCCUCCAGCAAGCCCUGCUGGCUGAGCAGUACCUGAAGGAGACUCAUGUCAGGGUCAGGCCUGCUGCAGAAUACCCACUCAUCACGCCAAAUGAGGACCGUAAUGUUCUGGAGGAAUCUGCGGGUUUUGUGCCCAAUGGAGAGAUCACUGAGUCAGAGGAAGUGGUAAAGAGCCUGAAUGAAACCGUCAUGGUAGCAGCAGUGACAGAGGCUGCACCUGCAGAAACAGUAGUAGUGGAGGAACCCAUUCCACUAAAACAGCAGAUUAUUGAUCCUGUUUCAACAACAGAAGAAGAAUCCAUCCCAACAGCAGCAUCCCCUCUGCCUGUCGCAGUAACAGAAGAACCAAAACUAGCAGAAUAUGCGUCUUCUGAGGAGGACACCAUCACUAAAUCAGAGGAGGCUUCAGUAUCUGUAGAGGAAGACAUUUCGGAGUCCACCAUAGAGAUUACCCACAAAGAGCCAGAGAUGGUACAGUCCAGUCCCGUGGAAGAUGUCAGAUCAUCAGUUGAGACAGAUGUUCAGGACAUUUCUCCAGCAACGGAUGCUGAAACAUCUCUAACCAAGACAACAUCAGAAGCGCCAACCAUCAUAGAUACAGCAGCAGAGGAGACUCAUGUUUCUGAGGAACUUGUUUCAGAAACAGCUCCAUUAUCCGUAGCAGUGGAGGAGCUCAUCUCCUUUGAAAACACAGCCAGUCCACUGCUGGAUGUGCCUAUCCAAGUCCAGACUUUUCUAGAUUUGGGCCUUGAUCCACUGCUAGACUCACUUGAAGAUACAAUGCCAGUACUGAAGCCAGUCUCAACACAAGAACCAGAACAAGAGGACCAAACCACAGCACUCCCAGUAAAGCCUGAGGACAACCUGGAGCCUGCUGUUCCUCUACAGCCUGAGCCGGAGGUUUUAGCCCCAGUAGCAGCUUCCACAGAGGGGAAUGUAGCGGAGGAGGCAGGUCCGGAGGGAGCCGAGGACCUUGAGGCAGAGAUGAAUGACGAGGUCCUGGAUGAUGUGGAUCUGGACAAUUUUGACCUGGAAGAUAUCGACACCACAGAUGUCAACCUGGAUGACGAUUUCUUGAGCGAAUGAAUAGGAAGAGAAAUCUUUUUUGUUUUUUCAGUGACCAAAGAACACAAAGGGCUGUUUUCCAGGACAGUCAUAUGCUGUCAACAGCUUGAAAUGCCUGUAAAUUGGUGGUACUGUAGGAUUAAAAUUGUUCAAAGUACACCUACAAGAGAGCAGGUUUAACCUCAAAUAAAGCCACAGCCUUGAUUAACCAUUCUGACGUGUCCAGGCUGAGUUUAAACCAUAUCUGGGAGACCAAACCAAUGCCGUGGCCUUCUGUAGUAAAAGAAACCAAGGGUAGAUUGAAAGGGACAAAAAUGUGUUAAAGGGGAAAUACUGUAGGGAUAAGGAAUAGAAAGGCAUGUAUAUGGUUUGAGCUGGAUAUUAUCACUGGCUGCAAUGUAUCCCACUAUUUCCAGACAGUUGUUGGUGACCUUUUUUACACUACACAUACUACUACACAUUACUCUCAGUACCUCUUCCUCAUACAGUAGAACACCACUGUUGACCAGGGUGUUAUCCCAGCCAUUGAGGAAUUCUUCAAGUUUGAAUAUUGCGUUCAUUCUUGAUGUGAAAUGUAACAAUUUAUUUUCUCUUAACAUUCAUGCUGGAUCAGAGCAGUAUUUUUGAAUUUUAACUGGGACAAGGCUGUCUGUAUCUUCCAACUGCCAUGAUUUUUAUAAAUAGUAUGUAUUCAAAAAUGUUUUGGACAAGUCCCCUAUUUGGUUAUAUUCAAUGUUUUUAUUAUCUCUCCGUUGUUGAUGUCCUAAUAGUUUGGUGCAGAAUUACUUCUCAAAGCUAGUAUAAACAUAUACUGCCGUUUUUCCUUUAUUAAAUAAACUGAUGUAACAGAAACCUACUGUUGAUUUCAUAUGUGCCUUACAUUUGUGCUUUUGUUUUUCUCCUUUUCAUUUUUGUAAAAAGAUGGAUGGUAUUGUGUAUGGUAGUGUAUAACUGGACAUGAAAAGUGAACUUAAUAAGCAUAUAUCAAUAAAGUCUUCCAUGUUU